CCAAAAUCAAAUAAUUAAUCUAGGUAAUGUGAAGAAUGGACAGUUUCCCUUGCAGGUUCAGAACAUGCAAAGCAUCCAACCUCUUCAGAACUUGCAAAGUUUUCAAAACAUUCAAGGAAUUCAAGGCAUUCAAAUGAUAAAUGGACAGCCUAUUCAAGGGCAGAUAAUUGGGACACCAUUGUCUGGAAUUCAAGGUCUAGGUACAUUGGCGUUAAACGCACAAGGUAAUUUCACAACACUCGGACCUGUAGGGACUCAAGGGAGCCCUCAACAACUAACCUCAAUAAAUGUUUUAGGACAGCAGGGAAUUCAAGGUGUUCAACAAAUACAAAACCUCGCUGGCACACAAAUUAUAACAGCACAAGGUCAACAAAUACCAAUCCAACAAGAUCCCAACGACCCUUCUAAAUGGCAGGUGGUUGCUACGGGAGCUUCACAGACGGCCACGCCCCUCAACAUUCCAAACCUCAUGUCCCCUAUAUCACAAGUGUCAAAUGACACACCUGCAUCGGGUAAACGGUUACGACGUGUUGCAUGUACAUGUCCAAACUGUCAGAAUAACGAAAACAAAGAUAAUAAAAAGAAGGUUCACAUUUGUCAUAUGGAGGGUUGUAAUAAAGUAUAUGGUAAAACAUCACACUUACGGGCACAUCUAAGGUGGCACACAGGUGAGAGACCAUUUGUAUGUAACUGGAUGUUUUGUGGUAAACGUUUUACAAGAUCUGAUGAAUUACAGAGACAUAAAAGGACACAUACAGGUGAGAAAAAGUUUGCAUGUGAAGAGUGCGGUAAGAAAUUUAUGCGAUCAGAUCACUUGUCUAAACAUAAACGUACGCACAACAAGAAAAUGUUAGAUUCCGACGGUCAUAUAGUUGGCGAUGAAGCUAAAUUCACAGUGGAAGAAGAUGAUGAUAUGGUUCAUAUUAGUAUUGAAGGAAUGCCAUCAGCUGCUCUAGAAUUUGCUGGUGAGGAUAAUGAUGAUGAAGAUGAUGAUGAGGAAUCUGAAAGACAAGAACUUACUCUGGAAUUAGCUAAUCAGAAGAUGGAUUCAAACUGAUUGUUUUAAAACAGUGUUUCUCAUUGGUUGGAAAUCUUACUCUGGAAUUAGCCAAUCAGAAGAUGGAGUCAAACUGAUUGUUUUAAAACAGCUGUUCUCAUUGGUUAAAAAUAUAGGGGUGUGUAAGAAUCAAACAGAUUGUUUUAAAGCAAGUGUUGUCAUUGGUUGAAAUUAAAGGUAUACAUUUGAAUCAAUCUAAUAAGUUUGUAACAGCUGCCCUCAUUGGUUGAAAUAAUAAGGACUGAAUUAUGGGAGUAGUCUAAUUAAAAAGGCUAGGGACAGAAUUCAAAAGCAAUAUAGACUUUCAAAACUUUUGAUUUGUUUUUGAAUAAUAAAUGUUGCUGUUUGAAGAAUUUCUGGAAAAAAGAUAAUCCUGACUUAAGGAAGAAUGUGAUUGGUAGGAGAAAGCAUCACAUGCUUGAUGGGUUGAAACAUAUUGCUCUCUACAUACAUAAUGUAAUAUGUAAAUGAGAAAAGAAUCAGGAGGCAAGGUUAAGUAUGAUUGGUUCAAAGUAUCUUGUGUGUUAAUGAAGCAGACCAAUCAGAAAUUGUUUUAUGUAUUUGAAAUUGAUCGUGAACAUGACAUUAAUAGAAAGUGCAAUAAAUUGUGUUUUACUUACUGUA